UUUUAUAUGAUUAACCAAAUUGCAGCAAUCGUAGCAAUUGCGGCAAUUUUAUAAUUAACAAAAUUGCAGCAUAGAUUUCUGCAAUCAAUAAUGCUUGAUCGAUCAAUCGUCCACUGCAUUUGCUAUUAUUAAUAUAUUUGUGACAAAUGUUUAUUAUAUAAAUUUUCUGAGCACUACUACUUUUAAAUUUCAGAACGCUUUGAUUAAAAAUGGAUUAAAUGACAAUUUUUGAAAAGGCAACAUCUCACUGUCAUGUCCCUCUCUAGACUUCGAUUGAUUGAUUUGCGAGUUUAUUCAAUCGAUCAGAUCAUAUUUCCUUUCAUUAAUCAAUUCAUAUUUUCCUUUUGUAAUCUAUGAAUCCUGUCAGGUCGUCUUCAACGAAACCGGUUCUUCGUUGUCAUGACGGAGGCAAGAACGAACGAUCGCGCCCGCGGCUGACGGCCAGCGCGAUUUUUCGUCAUCAUUCAUCUUCGCGUCGGCUCGCGCUCGCGCUCGUAGGUGUCUCCGCAACCGCCGAAUAUCAAUUAACCAGGUCGGUCUGCGUGGAUAAGCGUGGAUCAGUGCGCGUGACAGAAAACCCCUCGUCGAGUGGCCCCUCGAGGCCGGAUCGCCCGCGAUCGCCUUUGAAAUAUACCGCUGUUUGACCGGUACCCGUCACGGGGUACAAUGAGGCUCGUUGGGGGUUGAGCGUUGUCGCCUGAAGGGCUAUCGAUAACUUGUCGUCACCAAAUUACACGCGCCCGCGCCGCGCCGCACACCGCGCACGCGACGCGCUCACACACGUAUACAUAUAUAACGUCCGCGAAUAAUAAUAUAAUAACGACAUACGCGUACGUAUCGUAUCGCCGAUUUCCUUUCCACCGCGUUAUCCUGUCCGCUCGCCCCCCCCCUCCCCUCUCUUCUAUUUUCACCUGAUACCGCCUUCCUUUUGCCUCGGCUCCUUUCACUCCUCGCGACCUUGCGCGUAAUUUCGCGCGCAAUAAGCGCGCACAGAUUUAUUUGCACUCGGCGAUCCGCAGCGUUACGGUUACGUGCUUGUGUCGAUCGGUUGGCACAUAGAUUAAUAUCCGUUUUAAUUUUUCUGAUUUUAUCCAGCGGAGGAAUUGAACGGUGCUAUUUUAUUCAUUUUUCUCCCCCCUCUUUCUUCGCAUAUUACGCUUUCAGACGAGAGACAAUACAUUUCUAAUAUGUAUACGAUUAAUUUUUUUUAAAUAUUAUUUUGUGCAGCCUUAUUUUAAAAAAUGAUUAAAAAUGGUAUUUUUUCCAGUGCCGAAUUCGAAUGACGACGCGCGACAAAAAUAAUUUCUACAUAUUUCGACACGCAAAACAACUUCACGUGACAUCAAACUUCUGAUAUCACAAUAUAUACGUAGUUAUUUAGAAUCCAAAAACCACAAGGUAGAAAGUCUCAAAUAAGAAGCAAUGUAACAUUUAUCUUUAGAAAUGCAUUAUUGAUGAGAAUGACGCAAGGCGCAGCCUAUAUUGCCGAAUACAAAGUGUUCUCACGGUAUUAUGCUAUCUAAUUAUGCGGAUAAUAAAUUAUUAAUAGCUCUCUUUCGCUAAUACGCAUCGCAUAAAUUCUCGCCUAAAUCACCAGUGUAAGGAUGUACCCGAAAGAUGUCGUCGACGGUGGUGAAAAAUCUCGCGAAGGACGGCAACGGCGGCGACGGCAGGGAAACGUGGUCCGGAAAGCUCGAUUUCCUGCUGUCGGUUAUCGGCUUCGCCGUCGACCUCGCCAAUGUGUGGCGGUUCCCGUACCUUUGCUACAAGAACGGUGGUGGCGCAUUUCUCGUCCCCUACUGCGUGAUGCUGGUGGUCGGCGGUAUUCCUCUGUUCUACAUGGAGCUUGCGCUCGGUCAGUUCAACAGGAAGGGUGCUAUCACGUGCUGGGGUCGACUGGUACCGCUCUUCAAAGGUAUCGGAUACGCGGUCGUCCUGAUCGCAUUUUACGUCGAUUUCUACUACAACGUGAUCAUCGCCUGGUCGCUUCGCUACUUCUUCGCGUCGUUCUCCACGAUGUUGCCGUGGACCACCUGCGAUAACCCCUGGAAUACGCCGCUGUGCCGCGAGUUCGACGCGAACAUCUCGAACUUUGAGGAUGUGGUGACCAGCGAGGUGAACAGGAAUUUUGGAAAUGUCACCCGGUUUUUGGACGGAGAAUCGGAUCUCGCCGUUGCUCAGAGUGUGGCGGACAACCAUACGAGCGCUGCGCAUGAAUACUUCAAUCGCGCUAUCCUGGAGCUGCACCAGAGCGAGGGCUUGCACGAUCUCGGCGCCAUUAAGUGGGACAUCGCGCUGUGCUUGCUCGUGGUCUAUCUGGUCUGCUACUUUUCUCUGUGGAAGGGCAUCUCGACUUCCGGCAAGGUGGUUUGGUUCACCGCUCUUUUCCCUUACGCAGUGCUGCUGAUUCUGCUGAUAAGAGGCGUCACUCUGCCGGGCAGCGCCGAAGGAAUUCGCUAUUACCUCAGUCCAAAUUUCACUGCUAUCACAAAGGCGGAGGUGUGGGUGGACGCGGCGACGCAGGUAUUUUUCUCCUUGGGACCAGGCUUCGGCGUGCUGCUGGCUUACGCGAGUUACAACAAGUACCACAACAACGUUUACAAGGACGCCUUGCUGACGAGCUUGAUUAACAGCGCGACGUCUUUCGUCGCCGGCUUCGUGAUAUUCUCGGUGCUCGGCUACAUGGCGCGAGCCAGCGGAAAAUCCAUUCAGGACGUCGCCACAGAAGGACCCGGUUUGGUUUUCAUCGUCUAUCCGGCGGCCAUCGCUACCAUGCCCGGCUCGAUGUUUUGGGCGCUCAUUUUCUUCAUGAUGCUGCUCACCCUCGGUUUGGACAGCUCGUUUGGAGGCUCGGAGGCGAUUAUAACGGCGCUCAGCGACGAGUUUCCGAUAAUCGGAAACAAUCGCGAGAUUUUUGUGGCGUGCUUGUUCACUCUGUACUUCCUCGUCGGACUCGCCUCUUGUUCACAGGGCGGGUUUUACUUUUUCCAUUUACUGGAUCGAUACGCGGCCGGAUACUCGAUGCUGUUCGCCGUUCUAGCCGAAACAAUCGCGGUCAGCUGGAUCUACGGAACGGACCGAUUUUGCGCCGAUAUUAAAGACAUGAUCGGAUUCAGGCCCGGCGUGUACUGGCGAGUGUGCUGGAAAUUCGUAGCGCCGCUCUUUCUCAUGUUCAUUAUCGUCUACGGUCUAAUGGGCUACGAACCGUUGUCGUACGAAGAUUACGUUUAUCCUGUUUGGGCGAAUAUAUUGGGCUGGCUGAUCGCAUGCUCCUCCAUCGUCAUGAUCCCAGGUAUGGCGAUCUACAAAAUCAGCGUCACACCCGGCACCUUCGUUCAAAGAUUGAAGAUCCUGACGACACCGUGGCGGGACACGCAGCACCAGAGAAGCGAUCUGUCCUCGGUGGCGAACGGCGCGAUUCGCCGGAGCUUCCUGGCCGAGCAGGACUUCGAAAUCACCAAGGAUCACGAGCUGACCAAGGAGCAGACAGAGGUAAUGAUUCAACCUAGGGAGGGCAUUAAGGGGGGUGAUCCGCCACCCGAACCGGUCUAGGACAGUGCGGUUGUGAUUUUGCAUGGUGCCCGGUUCCAAGUAUACCUCUGCUAAAGCACGAUCGCCGAGCAAAGUCCCACAACACGACGAGUAACACAAUCCACCGAUCUAACGAGAAACAAUUUUUUGCACGACACUCCACGUUGAAACUUUCGAAAGAUAAAGGAAAAAAAAAAGAAAAAAA